AUGAAUAGUGCUAAAGUGACCGAUGUCGCAGGAAAUUCCAGACAAUUUUUGAGAGCCGAAAUAUUUAUCGCCGAAACAGCGGCAGACUCGAUCGUGGGGGUGGUGAUCGUAAAACGUGAGUGUCGUAUCGAAUGGAAAAUUCAUCUUUCGUGCCUCGAUGGCUGA